UAUUAGCAGCACCCCCUACAACUACGGACUUUUCACUUCAAUCAACUUUGAGUUGUAUAGCGGCCUUUAUUGAGUUCGUUUCUGACCCUCUCGUUAUUAAGUGUUUACUACCUGGAGAUUUUCAUAAUCUGGAUCCACUUUUAGAUCCUCAUUCAACUGCAUUACAAAAACAAAAUGCUAUUACAGCUUUUGUUUCUAAAGUAUGUCCUUUAAAUUGUACCGAUACAGAGAUUAAACAAAUAUCUGAACGUGGAUCAAAAAUAAUUUCUAAAGGCUGUUCUAAAGAGCUUGAGGAUAAAAAUCCGUUUGUAUUAGCUGCAUUUGCUGGUAUCGAAUUGUACCCUCCACUCAUAAAAUCUUUAUGUUUAAAAGAAAAUGGAACAUUCUGCUUUAUCAAGGAUGCAAUUACAAUCGCAAAUUUACCACCAACGAACUUUACAAAGCCAUUUAUAAAUCCGUUUGCAGAUAAAGUUGUCUUUUGUGAUUAUAGAAGCUUUUGUGUUCCAUGCUUUCAAGACAUAAUCAACACUAUGUUUGAUGUCAUUUUCGAUCCAAAAAAUAAAGAUGCCUUAGCUUCUCUAAUAACACUCCUUGGAAUUUUAAAUGUACCAAUUACUGAAACUGAAUUAGAACAAAGCAAACUUUUUGUUAUGAUUAAGUGUGGUUUUAAAUUUUUAGAUAACCCAAGUUUAAAUGGUAAUAAUUAA